AUGUCACUAUUAGGUGCUAUUCGUGGAUUCACUGAAACCAAAGAACAAAAGUUAUUAAAUAAAGUUAUUAGAUCAAAAGAUAUUGCUCCACCUGAGAGUAAAGUUGUUGAAUUAAUUAAAAUGAUGAGUGAUGAAAUGUCUAAAAGAAUAAUUGUUCAUUACCUUAUGAAACUCUUUGAAAAGAAUUUAGAUGAAAAGAGAUAUAUUCGAUUAUUAUGUAUAGUGUAUCGUCUUAUGGAUGUUGAUGCUGAUGGAUUUAUUUUAUCACAAUUUUCACAUUCACUUCAUUUAAUAACAAAUAAUAUUCCAAAGAAUCAUUGUAAAACAACACAAGUAUUUGCUUCACAUAUUGAAACAAAGAUAAUACUUUUUAAUACUUAUAAAAUUCUUCUCUCUGCUGAGAAUGAUGUUCCAGAUAUUAAAGAACCUGAAAAUAUAGAUCUUGCUUUUACCAUUUUAGAAUUAUUAAUUGGUAUUUCUAAAAAUCUUGAAGAAGCUGAUUUUUGUGCAAACGGAAUUGGGUUUCAUGUAGCUGAUAUUUUAUUAUUAGAACUUACAAUUGCGUUUUAUAAAAUUAAUUUUUAUUCAUCUGCAUUAGCAAAUAUUUUAUUAGAAUUAAAAAUUAAUCAAGUUGAAAGAUUUGUUGAAGUUUGUAAAAAUGUAGAUCGUGUUAGACAUAAGUAUUUUACUAUUCUUUCUACUAAAGAUGUUAAAGAAAAAUUUAUUAAUAUUCCUCGAUUAGUUUUUAUGCCAACAGGACCAUUACAAAAAUUUCUUACAAGAAGAAUUACUUUAUUACGUGUUCAUGAAUCAGAUUCAGAACUUGAAGAAGAAAUUGAAAAAUUCAAUGUAACAUUCCAAGGAGAUGUAGUUUCUAAUAAUCAACGUAUACGCCAAUUUAUUAAUAGACCAUUAAUUUCAAUUAACAAUGGAGAAGAUUCUAGAGAAUCAUUAUCUCGUUCUGUUUCUCGUUCAUCGUCAAAUAUAGAUUUUGUUGGAUCAAUUGGAGAUACAAAGAUGUAUCAACCAAGUCCAUCUCCUCAUAUAAUCGGACAUUCACCAGCUGGAGGAAAAGAACCUAUUCGUAUUGAAAUAUGUCCAACCCAACAUGGGGUUGUUAGACCAGUACCUCAUAGAGUUGCUCAACAACAACAAAUGUUACAACGCCCUGCUUCAUCAACAGGAGUAGUUCCAUCUAAAAAUGUGAAUAUAUUUGAUGAUGAUGAUGAAGGAACAAGCUUGUUAAUUUAA